UAUAUCUUUAUCCGGAAGAUGUUUUUCAACAGCUGCAGGAGAAGCUAGUCUGUGGCCGUUUGGCUCCCGAGGCGCAAGAGCCUUUGUAGACACUCCUGGCAGCAGCAGUAGUAGUAGCAGCAGGAGGAGGAGAAGGUCUGCCCUUUCCAACAAACAUCAGAAAAGAACAGACUAAACAGUUCCUCAGAGAGACAUGAACGACUUUGCUGUUCUCUACACGGGCCGCAAGAUGCCCCUCAUCGGCCUGGGGACAUGGAAGAGUGAGCUUGGAAAGGUCAAACAAGCCGUCAUGUGGGCCCUGCAGGCCGGGUAUCGCCACAUCGACUGUGCUGCCAUCUACGGCAACGAGGCUGAGAUCGGAGAAGCCCUUCAGGAGACGCUGGACCACAACAAUGAUCUAAGGCGAGAGGACCUGUUCGUCACAUCCAAGCUGUGGAACACACGACAUCACCCUGAGGAUGUGGAGCCGGCGCUGCUACAAACCCUCAAAGACCUGCGGCUGGAAUAUUUAGACCUCUACCUGAUCCACUGGCCCCACGCCUUCCAACGCGGGGACACACCUUUCCCGAAAAAGGAGGACGGCUCGAUGCUGUAUGAUGACAUAGACUACAAGCUGACAUGGGCCGCCAUGGAGAAGCUGGUGGGGAAAGGUCUGGUCCGAGCAAUCGGCCUCUCCAACUUUAACAGCCGGCAGGUGGAUGACAUCCUGUCUGUGGCCGGCAUCAAGCCCGCCGUCCUGCAGGUAGAGAGCCACCCCUACCUGGCCCAGGUGGAACUGCAGGCCCACUGCAGGGCCCGGGGCCUGGUGAUGACAGCGUACAGCCCCCUCGGCUCCCCGGACCGCACCUGGAAACAUCCAGAGGAACCCGUCCUGCUGGAUGAGCUCGCCAUUGCCACGCUGGCCAACAAAUACAAGAAAUCGCCUGCUCAGAUCAUCCUUAGGUGGCAGACGCAGCGCGGCGUGGUGACCAUCCCCAAGAGCGUGACCGAGGCCCGAAUCCGAGAGAAUAUUCAGGUGUUUGACUUCACACUGGAGGCGGCGGAGAUGAGUAGUGUCACGGCUUUGAAUAAACACUGGCGCUACAUCGUUCCUAUGAUCCAGGUGGACGGGAAGCGAGUUCCUCGGGAUGCGGGGCAUCCUCACUAUCCUUUUAACGACCCCUACUGAGAACUCAUAACUGGACCAGCAUUUGUGCCUUCAAACAGCCUCAUGGCCCCCGAAAGAAUCCCUACCCUCAACCCACAGUACUUCUCUCAUGGUUGGUUGUAAGGAAUAUUAUUUUUUAAACAGGCGGUCACUUCCUGUUCACGUCUUCCUUAAGGCAGCUUGUCAAAAAUAAAUACUCUAAUGCAGAUCACAAUUUGUAAUAAAGAAGAUGGUCCAAGAAAAAUAAAAGAAUGUCUUUCACAAGUU